AUGGUUGGCUAUGGAGUACCAGGUGGGUCAGUGGGCCUAAACCAGGUCCACACCUACAGGUUUGACGUGCCGACCAACCUACUAGAGGGGUCAUCUGAACCUUGUCUCAGUUUCCUGUACACGUCAAUGCACGAUCCUGUCCGUGACCACAACACUGGUCUGGUUGGUGCAAUCCUCGUCUGUCAGAAGGGGUAUCUGUCUUACAGAGGACCAAAGCCAAGCGAAUAUUUUUUACUGCUAGCAACAUUUGAUGAGAACAAGUCCCUGUACAUGUCCCCCACCGUGAGCGUAGGGAAUGAUCUAGAAGGAUUUGUUCAGUCCAACGUUCGAUGGAAUGUCAACGGCUACUCCUACGGCAACAUGCCAACCAUCAACACGUGCAUCAACGACAACAUCAUCUGGCACGUCAUGUCCCUGGGGUCGUUCCUGGACGUCCACACCCUGGUCUUUGACGGCAACACCUUCAACGAGGAGGGCACCAACCGUGACGCCAGGAGUCUUGUGCCUGGAGUCACGGCUGCUCUGUCUAUGACGCCAGAUAAUGCUGGAAAAUGGAUGCUGUAUUCCCAGUCAACGACCGCACAAGAAAACGGCAUGUACGCUUUUUAUACGGUCACAGACUGCUAUGGGAAAACUAGCAACAUUCAGGCCGAGGUUGGGAGAAUCAGAGACUAUUACAUCUCAGCUGAAGAGAUUCUGUGGGACUACGCUCCACUGACCAGAAGUCCGAUAACUGGGGAUGACUUGCUGGAUCCCAAUGUGUAA